CCCUGUGCGCCGGGAGUUGUUCCUGAGCGAUAAGGAGACAGGCUUAUGAUUGCGUUCUUCGUCUUUGCAUACGUUCUCAUUCUAUACCGUCUACUUCCCCGAAUAUAAGACUUUGUGCAGUUUGGAGUCGGACACUGCGAUAUGCCCACUUUCAGGAGUCCUGAUGACAGCUUCGCACGGCACCCGGAAGCUCUUCAACGAAGCGACCCUUUUAACGGCAGCGAUAUAGCUUGGGUUUUAGCGUCUACCGCUCUCGUAUGGUUGAUGACUCCUGGUAUGGGGUUCUUCUACUCUGGCCUGCUCCGACGCAAGAAUGCCCUCUCAAUGAUUUGGCUUUCCUUCGUGUCCACUGCGAUCGUUUCAUUCCAGUGGUUCUUCUGGGGCUACUCCCUCGUUUUUUCGGAGCGUGUCGUCGGCAAGUUUAUUGGGAAUCUAGAUCACUUUGGGUUGAAAGAUCUUUGGGGUAUACCUAGCGUCACAAGCACUCGAAUCCCCGCAACGGUGCACUGUGUCUAUCAGCUUAUGUUUGCAAUAAUAACCUCAAUGAUUGCUGUGGGGGCUAUCGCCGAACGAAGUCGUUUGGGUCCGAUUAUGUUCUUCCUUUUUUGCUGGACGACGCUCGUGUAUGACUUUAUUGCAUGUUGGACUUGGAACCCUGAUGGGUGGGUGUCAAAGAGCGGUGGAUUGGACUUUGCAGGUGGAACGCCUGUACAUAUCAGCAGUGGAACAGCUGCAUUGGCUAUUUCGAUGCAUCUUGGCCCUCGCUUGAAUUACAGGGAGCCUCCAUUGGCUUACAGGCCUCAUAACGCCACCUAUGUUGCCCUUGGUACUGCAUUCCUGUGGUUAGGAUGGUUUGGAUUUAACGGAGGUAGCACUUUGGCGGCGACUGAGCGCGCUGCCAACGCCUGUUUCGUUACGAACUUAUCGGCCUCUGUUGGCGGUUUCACUUGGAUGUUGAUGGAUUGUUUUCUUGGAAAUGGCGGAUGGUCCGCGGUUGGGUUCUGCUCGGGGGCGAUUGCGGCCCUCGUCGCUAUAACACCGGGCGCUGGCUAUGUUGGUGCCCCAGCUGCAGUUCUCUAUGGGUUCCUUUCUGGUGUAGUUUGCAACUUUGCCACCCAACUCAAGUACCGUCUUGAGAUCGACGACGCGAUGGAUAUCUUCGCGACCCAUGCGAUUGGAGGGGUCCUCGGGAAUUUGUUGACGGGUCUGUUUGCCCAGGCGAGCAUACCUGCUCGUGAUGGAAUUUUCAUCCGAGGGGGAUGGCUGGAUCAUCAUUAUAUCCAACUUUUGCAUCAAUUCGUUGAUUCCGUUUCAGGCCUCGCUUGGUCGUUCAUCCUCACAAGGGUGAUUCUUUGGAUCAUGGAUCUCAUUCCUGGAUUGAGCCUUCGUACAACACAGGAGGCUGAGAGAAUGGGGAUGGAUGGUGCUGAGAUGCAAGAAUAUGCGUAUGUGCUAGAAUUGGAACCGCACGUAGGUGGGGGGAAUGCAGGGGUCCCGAACAAUAUUGCCGGGCAGGAAAACGGAGAAUCCUCCUCGUGAUAUACGGGUAGGAUGACAUGGGCAAAAUGGGAGGCUUUUAUUUGCACUGUGCACGCUCGAGUCAAGUUCACACGGUUAAGUGUGGAUUGGGAUAUGUUGGGGAUAUCAACAUGAUUGGGAUGGGGACUCGGGCUGACCAUGGUAGAUAAGAAU